AUGGCGGAUUGUCUAGAGCUAAAGAACGAAAUCACUGGGCGGGUUUGGAACAACGGGCCAAGCAUGGUGACAGUGUUCUCGGUCCAGAGCGGGUUCAGGAGGAAUUGUGGAGACGGAGGCGAUAAGUGCAUUUGGGUAGCAAAGAGAGAUGGUUCUAUCAGAGAAGGAUCGCAUGGGAUGAGAAUGAGCAAUCGGUACAUAUAG